UUGCACCGAGCCCUUGUUCCAGAAUAUCGAGUUGAUUUUAAGUAAAUUGGCUACAACCAUCACGUGCUUCCCACUGCACGAUAUGCUUGUCAUGUUGUCCUUCGAGCGCAUCAGAGUCGGGCCAAAAACUGUAGAUAUGUUGUUUAAGGACAUCUGGAGUGUGGGGGAUUGUGAGCGAUGA